UGGUUCACAGAAGCCGCACCGCGCCCGCGCCGUAUACGGCACAGAAGCCGUUGGCGUAGCCGUUGCGCGCCGUAAAACGAGCGCCAUGGAUUUGGAGAGUCGCCAGCCUUUGAAAGGUGAGGAGGUGCGCAGCAGCGACUGGCCUGUGCAGCAAGCGGAGCCCACAGGGAAUGCCAUGUUCUGUCGGCCCUGGUGCAUUUGCCUCCCCUGCGGUUCAGUCCUCGUCUAUCUCAUGAGCUUGUUUGCGUUGGUGGUCUUCAGUUUCCUUAGCUUGGUCGCAGGUGUUCUUUGUUGUCUCCCCUUCGCUUGCAUCUUCUCAUGGACAACCUUUUGGCGCUGGUGCCCAUUGAACUGGCGGACGGAUUUGUAUGUGAAAAUGAUCUACAUCUCCUACUAUUUGCAACACAGGAAUGUGAAGCAGCCUGCUGCAGAUGCCAAGCACAUGCCGGUCUCAGAUUUGAAACCGAAAGGAGAGUUGAAGAAGUUUUGGGUGGACUUUGCAUUAAAUCUGCAGGUUCCACAGGGACCAGAAGAACAGCUGCCUGACAGGUACUUAAACCCCACGUCGCGCGAGAACUACAUCGAGCGACAUCUCACGGUGCUGCCCAUGACCGAGUAUUCCUUCUAUGACUCCUUUGGUCCGGACGAAAACCCGGUGGACUUCGUGAUGAAGCAGAUGGCCGCGGUGUAUCCGGAGGUCUAUCAGGAGUGGCCGGACAAGCGGAGCGACGAGGCGCUGACGCGCUUUUGCCUCUACGGCAUUGGCGCUCAACGUGUGGAGGUGGAGAUGUGCAACGGAAAGAAGCACUACGUGGUGCGAACCAACAUGCUCAGUGGCCUCCCGGUCAUGGACGCCUUCGAGCGCUACGGAGGAGAUGCCUAUUUCGAUGAGCAGUGGCGGCCGGUGAAGAUCGUGGACGCUGGUUUGUCUCCGCCCAAUGCGGCCUGGGACAGCCAGGCGCCCGUGGUGACCCAGCCCGGCGAUGAAGGAUGGGAGCGUGCGAAGUUCCGCUUCCGCUCCUCGCUGUUCAGCUUGGUGACCUUAGUCGACCACCUCUACGGCAUCCAUCUUCAGACGGCCAAUCUCUUCGUGACCGCUUUGAGAGAACAGAUGUCUCCAGAGCAUCCGAUCCGACGCUUCUUGACACCCUUCACCUACCAAACCAUUGCGGUGAACGACAACGCGGCGCACAACCUCACGGCACCACGCUCGAUGGGUCCGCGCUGCUUCGCCUUCACCGAGCGCGGCUUGGCGCUGGCCUUCGCCGCAGCGCCCAACCUGCUGGUGAACGGCCAGGCGGUGCCUGAAAAGGAGGGCGGCCCGUUCUUGAAUCUCAAGGACUACGUCGCCUAUUUGAAGGGAAAGGGCAUCGACACGGAGUAUUGGAGGCAAGCGAUGGAGCUCCAUGGAAUCUUUGAGACCUUCCUGGACGAGUACUUGGCAUGUCACUUGCCGGGAGGAUCUCUUGACGGACACCGAGCUCAUGAAGUUUGCGAAUCAAUUCUUCAUGAAGCUGGAAGGUGUGACGCCGGAGAGUUUGAGUCACAAGGCGGUGCCCUUCACGAGCGACGCAAAGGGCAAAGUGAAAGGAGAAGAUGCCCACGCCUUCUAUGUGAAGUGGAUUGCUACGGUGAUGUGGACGGUGACGGCGGGCCAUGAGCAAGAGGGUGCUGUGGAGGUCUAUGCGCAGGACGUCUCCUGGACGGCCUUCAAGUGGCUCCACGGGCAGCAGAUCGGCACCAAGCAGACGGCCACCUCUCAAGCGCUCCUGAUGUCCUUCACCUCUACGCCCAUGCCAAAG